AUCUGACGUUUAACUGCAUAUGUAAACAAACAAAGAUUAAUAAAUAAAACACCCAUUUUCCUUGUUAUUUCUUUUAUUGGGGGCUGAAUUUGCUUUAUAGGGGCCUCACCAUGUCUAGCGCCCUUAUCACCUCAAACUGGUUCCUUCUGGGGCGAGACCUGUACUACAGGAAAUUUGAGAUUUACUCAAUGGAAUGGAGCCACGAAAUCAAACUGGAAAACUUCAUAGUGGCAUCUGGAUCCUAUGCAGGUCCACUGGCCAUCAGAAGGGACGACCGAAAAAUUUUAAAAGCCAAAGGACCUGGCCAGCCAGUGAUUUCCAUAUUUUCCGGGUCUGGAAAGGCCCUAACAUCCUUCAAGUGGACCCAUCGACCAAUAGUCCACAUGGGCUGGUCAAACGACGAAAAACUCAUAUGCAUCCAGAACGACGGGAAUGUUACUGUAUUCGACAUGUUUGGAAAGUUGUUCCAUAAGUUUAACAUAUUCCAGAGGGCCCAUGAUGCAAAAAUUGUUGACGCGAAGAUUUUUACCAAUACCAAGAACGUUACUGGGAUUGCUGUCAUGACUUCUAACUUUAAUGUCUUCGUGGUGAAUAGCAUGAAGGAUAUUAAGACUAGACAGUUGAGCAGUGCUCCUAAAUCCACCUCAGAUCCUAACUGCUGGGCAGUGGUAUCAGAAGAGCCUUUCACAGAAGUCUUAUUCUCAAGAGACAGUGAACUUUACAGGUUAAAACAGGACGAACAUCUCACAAGCACCAUGCUACAGCCAGACAUUUCGGCCAGAUACACGGCCAUUCUAGAGAUGGCUGUAUCUCUUAACGCGCGAUAUUUAUGUUUCUUUACGGAUUCCGGCCAUUUGUGGCUGGGAUCUACGGAUUUGAGGCAUAAAUAUUGCGAAAUUGAUACUAACACCAUUCAUAGGCCUAAGCAACUUGUUUGGUGUGGAAAUGAAAUGGUGAUAGUUUACUGGGAAACCGACAACACCAUAAUGGUAGUGGGUAAAAACGGGCAAACGAACACCUACACCAGCGAAACGGCAGUGCAUUUAGUUCCGGAAAUCGACGGGGUGCGCAUAAUCUCUAACUCGCAGCACAAAAUCUUUAAAAUCAACAGCACCGAACCCGGAAGUUUCUUAUUGGCCGCUUCCAAGCAGUUCCAGAAAGGUAGUCACAAGGCAAACGAGUAUUUGUCCCUUGUAAAAGACAUUGGGGAGGCGGUGAACCAGUGUUUGGACGCCGUGGGGUACGAGUUUGAUCCGGAGGUACAAAAAAUGCUCAUCAGAGCUGCACAGUUUGGAAAAUGCUUCGUACCGGGGUACAACUCGGAGAAAUACGUUCGCAUGUGUCGCCUGCUUCGCGUAUUGAAUGCCAUAAGAGAUCCCAAGUGUGGAAUUCCUCUUACGAUAGAACAAUUAAAAUACAUGAAAACCAAAGAGACCAUGGAUGACAAUGAGUCCCUGAAGCACCUACUGGACCGUCUUAUCGUAAGGAACAUGUACUACUUGGCCCUACAGGUGGCCAAAUACCUGAGACUUCCAGAGAAUAUCGGAACCAGUUACAUCCUGGUGCACUGGGCCAAGUAUAAAGUGGGUCAGCACCACGCUGAAGAGGAACUGGUGGCCCGGGAAAUCGCCGAAAAAUUGGGCUACUCCUCCGGGGUGUCUUAUCGGGAAAUUGCCGAGAAAGCUUCCGAAUAUGGGAAGGACAGAUUGGCCAUUAAGCUCCUGGAUUACGAGCCGAAGGCAAGCGAACAGGUGGAGCUACUACUGAAACUGCACGAAAACAAAUCCGCUUUACAUAAAGCCAUCGAAAGUGGCGAUACCGAUUUGGUUUACAUGGUGAUCUUGAAGCUGAUCAAGAAAAUGCCUUUGGGAGACUUCAAGAUGAUCAUCAGGAAUUUCCCGGUGGCCCAGGCCUUGUACAUAAAAUACUGCAAAGAGCACAACAAGUCCGCCUUAACGGAGAUUUACAUCCAAGAGGACGACUUUGCCUCCCAAGCGGAGCUCACUUUAGAAGAGUUCCUUGACGAUAACAAGUCCCACCUGAGAGAAUCAUUGCUGACCAGCGCCAUCGAGGCCUACAAAAAAGGCAGGAAGGACUUCUACGUCUCUAUGUGCGAGGAAACCUUAAAACUCCUCAAGUUCCAAAGGGAAAUGGACGAGAAAUUAAAAUUAGAGCCUGAACUGUUGGGCCAGUCUGUCCAUGACACCUGCAAGAGUUUAUUGGGUGCCAAACAGUGGAAAGUCGCCGAGAAGUUUAAGAACGAUUUCAAAAUCCCCGAUAAGAGGUACUGGUGGCUGAAAAUCAAUGCCCUAGCGAACCACAGGGAAUGGAUCGAACUGGAUAAAUUCUCCAAAAUGAAAAAGUCCCCCGUAGGGUACCAUCCCUUCGUGGAAGCGUGCCUGGCAAACGAAAACCGAGAGGAAGCGCUAAAGUAUUUGCCCAAAGUGUCUGAGGAGGUCAAAGUGAAGUACUGCCUCAAGUUGGGAUGUUAUGAGGAGGCGGCAGAAACAGCCUUUCAACAGAGGGAUGUACAGAGUUUGGCCAGUAUGCAGUUCAGGUUCUCGGAUAGGCCGGACCUUUUGCAGAAAGUGUCCAUGAUGAUUAGCCAGUUGCAGUAUAAGAAAUGAUUAGUGUUAUAAGUUUACUUUUUUAUGUAAUAUUUGCUUUAUUUGAAUAUAUUAGUGAGAGGUU